CGGCAACGACACGAUAUUGAGCUACGGACCGAGUCUCGACUAUGAAGAAGGCAAUUCUCUGCAGGACCUCUGAUUACAGCUUGGGCGAGUUGGACAAGGAGGGCAGAGAAGCUAACCCGAAUUACGUAUCUCUAUUUGAACACAGACGAGCCGGAUUCUGGAUCACAUGUGGUGCGCCAACGAUCCGCUGCAGGCCAACCUAGCCCAGCAAAGCGACUGGCGCGUUUUCAAGCAGCAGAUGCGAGCGAGCUGGUCCCCGCCCCUGCUCAGGAUGAUGCUCCUCUUCGCGGCCAUGAUCACCUGUUGCAUCCCCUUGUCUGCCGCUGGGUGGGUGAACCGACUGUUCGUGCCCGUCCGUGUCGUAUAAUAUGGAGAGGCGCUCGUCGCCAUCGGCCUGCUCGCAAAGACGGCACGACAGGAGGAGUCGGCUCGCGGCCAACCUCGACUGAUAUUCAGCGUCGGCCAGCAUCUGCCGGCGGGAGGGACCCAAGGUCUGUCGUUCGGUGAGAGGACAGAUGAGGAGUCUGUAAUGACCACUAGUGUUCUGUAAUUAUGCUGGAUUCAGCCGUGUCGCCGACGGAAACAAGGCUGAUGUCUUGGCCGCACCACUGUCCAGAGUGCGCGAGCGGCCUCGGCCAUCCCAGGUUGCAGAUGCCGCUGACGCGUGGUGUGGUCGUGAUGAGGAACGAGAUGGGCUUAGUCGGAGAGUGUGGGCCGAGUGUUGAACCACCAAGUAAUGCAACUAGCCAGGUCAGCGGU